ACUCUCGGAAGUAGAUGCAUUGUUGUGUCAGGUGAAUGGCUGGAGUUUCACGCUGCUGUUGAUAGACUUCGAAUGAGUGGUGCAUGCUUAAUCAUUCAAGAGAUAAGUGGAAUUACUAAGACAAAGUUUAUUGAUGUUUCUUUUUAAUCAAGCGUUGAUAGACAGUGGGCUACCACUGCACGGUAAUGGGGACAUAUGUCAAAACAGCUAUUGAUGGAACUAGCCGGCCACCAACGUGUUCUGCAGUUUUCCACAUUAGUUAGCCAAAGCAAAUAACGGCGAUUAAGCAAGUAUUGAAGCUGAACUCCCUGCUUGUGAUAUAUCUGAGUAACGCAAUCUAGCUAACUCGGUUGUUUGCAACAUACCACAGUGUUGUGCCUUCCAGGUUUGAUGUCCCCCUUUUCAAAAUGAAUACACUCCAGAAUAACCCAGUAUGUUCUUUUUUUUUAAAUGAGGACGACGCUCGUGCAAUCGAAGACGCCAUCAGAGCAGCAAUAAAGGUAGUCCUUAAUGUUUCCUGGACAAUAAGCAACAAAAAGAUGCAAGAAUUCCAAAGGAUGGUGGCCGAAAGGGACAGAGAAAACGAAAUUCUGAAAAUCCGAAUGGAAAAUGCUGAAAGAGAACUCGUAACGUUGCGUCAUUUCAAGUACUCAGUGGAGCAGUGUGACGAUAGUCUGAACUCAGACACAGAUGGCACCCAUGGGCGGGAUGCCUGCCUUUCGACUGAGGAGAACGAAACGCAGCGUGCUUGUGCGGUGCCAUUUCUGCAUUAUGAAGAGAAAGUGGUGCUGAGUGAAUGCACACGGAAGAGAGAGAUUAAGAGUCCAUAUGAGGGGACAUACUCAGAGGCACAUCCUCAGGAGAGGGAGGCUACUGCAUGCAUUUGGGAGAGCCCUGCAAUGACGGACUUAAAUGACAAGGUAACCAGUGAGAGGACCACAAGCCCCAUCACAUCCGGGGCCCAGUCAGGUGGGCAGCCAGAGUGUGGCAGGACAUUGACUAUCGCCAAGGUGAAAGAGGAGCCUCCCGACUUUGAGAGCAUUUACUUCAAGUGGGAGAUGUCUGAGGAGAGUGUCAGAAGGGUGGAGUGUGAAUCUUACCCAGGACCUCCUCCAUUUGCUCCCUUCUCCCAAUUCAGAAUGGGGGAUUCUUUGCCUGCGGGAACCCAGAUCUUCAGCUUCGGACUCUCUGAGCAGCCAGGAGAAAGAGGGGCAACCUCAUCGUCUUGUCUGAGAAAGCGAAUCUCUAGCAGAGAGAGGCAGCAGAAGUACAGAGAGAGGAUCCGAGCUGACCCAGAAAAAGAGCGUGCCUUCAGGGAGAAGGACAGAAACAGGCACCGUAACAGGAGAAAGGCGAUCUGUGACUUGCCGGAACACAGCCAGAAACUCAGGAGGGUGGCCUGGAGGGAGGCGUCCAGACGCCACCGCGCCCGGAUGAAAAAUUCUGCGUCCAGAUGACCCCAAUCCAUGUCCUCCUGCACGGACUGUUGCAACCGCAGUUCACUUGAAUUUUGAAUUCUUUAGCUGCCUCAAGAAAACGUGAUUUGUACAUAAGACCACAGCUGUGUACCGGAUCAUGUGACCACUGUACUUCCCCUGAUUUAUUCUCAUUGAGUGAUGCUCAUCCAUGACCUUGAACAAAAGUUACACAUAUGAACUGACCUUAAACCAGCCUUUUGGCAACCGUGAUCCUAGCUUUCUGUUCUUCAGUCUUGGGGGGUGCUUAUGGAAUAAACUGAAAACGAACACAAA